AUGUUUCAAAGGAGAAGAAAUUAUUACACCAGCAAAGAAUGUAACAAAGACAUUAGUUGCACCCACACGUUUAUUCAGGAAAAGGGUGUCCAUGCUGGAAGUCAGCGUUUUGUGGUCCCUCAUUGUGGAAAAUAUUUUACCAAAUUUUCUAGCUCUCAUUAUCAACAAAGAGGUUACAGUGGAAAAAAGCCUUAUGAGUGCAGUGAAUGUGGGAAAGCUUUUACCAGUAGAAAUGGCCUCCGCUAUCAUCAGAGAGUUCACAGUGGAGAAAAGCCUUAUGAAUGCAGUGAAUGUGGGAAAUCUUUUACCAGUAGCACUGACCUUCGUCGUCAUCAGAGAGUUCACACUGGAGAAAGGCCUUAUCAGUGCAGUGAAUGUGGAAAAGCUUUUAGCAGUAGGAACAGCCUAGGUGAUCAUCAAGUUUUGCACACUGGAGAAAGGCCUCAUAAGUGUAGUGAGUGUGGGAAAGCUUUUACCAGUAGCAAUGGCCUCCAUUAUCAUCACAGAGUUCACACUGGAGAAAGGCCUUAUCAGUGCAGUGAAUGUGGGAAAUCUUUUACCAAGAGCACUGGCCUUCGUCGUCAUCAGAGAGUUCACACUGGAGAAAAGCCUUUUAAAUGCAGUGAGUGUGGGAAAUCUUUUACAAGAAUUGAUAGCCUUCUCAUUCACCGGAGAUUUCACACUGGAGAAAGUCCUUAUGAGUGCAGUGAAUGUGGGAAAUCGUUUACCAGGAACAGUGGCCUCCGUAAUCAUCAAAGUUUUCACACUGGAGAAAGGCCUUAUGAGUGCCCUGAAUGUGGAAAAUCUUUUACCACUAACACUCACCUUCAUAGUCAUCAGAGAGUUCAUACAGGCGAAAAGUAUUAUAAAUGCACUGAAUGUGGGAAAUCUUUUACAGGUAGCAACGGUCUUCAAUAUCAUCAGAGAACUCACACUGGAAAAGCCAUUUUGAGUGCAAUUAAUGUGAGAUAUCUCUCAGCCUAA